GGCAUUCUUAACUAAUUAGUGAAUGCUAGCGCUGUAGAUAGAAUUGCGUACAUAAUGUUGUCUAGAGAACAAUUACACAAGUCGCACAUGUAAGGAGAUUGUGCACAACGGUUACUUAGUGCCAGGACUGUAAGGGCAUGCCUGGGAUGUGAAGCGCAUCAAUAAAACUUGGUAAGCACUUCAACCCAAUGGACGUCAUGGUGACCUCCUCGCUCAGAACCAACUUCCUUAGAUAGUUUCGCUCUUCUAUUCUGUAGUUCCUCGCCUAAAUCCGUAGCUCUUCUCCUUCUUUGCCCUCUCGUUGGUCAUCUCGACGUUUCUGAGCAUUUCGGUAUGAUUGGCGGUGAUGAUGCACGCGUCGAUGUUGGAGCCAGAACCGGGAUCGUUGAAGAUACCAGCAGCGAUGGCGUCUUUCACGAGCCGGAGAGCGUCCUCGCGCUACAGAGGUGAAAGGUUUACCUUCCAUCCAUUCUCAAAAACUGCCAUAGCAGUAAGACUACCUGAGCCCAUAGUCACGUAUGGCAACUUGUCCGUGGAACCGUGAGGGUGGAUGGUGAAGAGAUGGGGACCUAUCGAGUCCACGCCACCAAGAACAAGAGCAGCACCGACAUGACCUUGAUACCUAACAUAACGAGCGACAUCAGGGAUAAUCCGGGAUGACCAAAGGUUAGAAACUGACCGGAAAUGUCAAUGUCCUUGGGGAGUCGAUAGCUAUCUACGGUCCUGCGAUGCUUGCAGAAGAAUUUGGUCUGGGUUGAACCUGUUGGCCCAUAUCUAGACAUGUAGUGAUAUCGGGCGCUGAAUUGCGAAUACAGUAGAUAGUGAAAGCGAACUGUGGUGAAGUGAAGGCCAUCGAGGAGACCAAACUGGGACUGUAUUGAGCGCAACCGGCAACGCCCUUUGUCUCCAACUCCCAUCACCGCCAGCCACCCAACCCUGUUAUAACCUGGUCAAUGGCAUACGUCGCAGUCGAGUCAGACGAUCGUCUACAGGAAGGAUCAGAGGGACUCCAAUUCAAAUCAUUCUUGGGAGCGGAUCCAAAUGCUGGGAGGGCAACUGGCGUAGGGAAUACAGAUCGGGGAUAUCUCCAAGACCAACCACAUUCUAGUAAAAGCGGAGGAUUCUGGACAGUAGAAUAUUAUCAGCCUUACUUUGAUGUAGACACCAAAACCGUUCUGAGACGGUGCUAUUCGACUUUACUUCCCACAUCCACAAAUUUUUUCUCAACGCAUCUCAAUCCUCCGGACCUUUAUGGACCUUUCUGGACGUUAACGACUUUGAUAUUCACCCUAUUCCUAUCUUCAAGUCUCGCCGCGUCGGUUUCAAGUUAUCUUUCUGAACCCGACAAACAGUAUGAUUAUGAUAUCAGCCUGCUCUCCAUUGCAGUCGGGUUGGUGUACGCUUAUGGAAUUGCAUUUCCAAUUCUGUUGUGGCUUGCCCUGCGGUAUGUUGGAGUGGGUGAAUGGAGCAUAGUCGAAGCCGUCGCCAUCUGGGGCUAUAGCAUGUUUGUUUGGGUUCCAGUCUCAAUCCUCUGUGUCAUCCCUUUCAAACUGGUUCGGUGGAUCUUAGUCUUAGUAGCCUUUGCUCUGUCAGGAUAUUUCCUGGUUCGGAAUGUGUAUCCAAUCCUAGCCUCAGCCGAAGCUAAAGCAACAAGACUUUUCAUAAUAGUCAUCGCAGUCCUACAUGCAGGUCUUGCGAUUUCCUUCCAGGUGCUCUUCUUUAGCUACUACGUGGUUGGCCCCGAUACUUCGCUGCCGGGGAGUGGGACAUCUACCCCCACGACGUCUACAAGCACGGCACAAAGCGUAGCGGAAACAGUAACGGAAGUGGUUGCCAGGGCAUUUACCUAAUUUCUUGUUUUUUUCGAGCUUCAAGCUCGGCCGCUCGCCAUGAUAUUGUUAUACAGGACCCGUGUAUAUUACAAAACGCCCGUUAUUUUUACCGCCUCGGCUGUCGAUCUAUCUACAAUGUUCCCCGAAAACGUCAGUUAUGCUCACCAACGUU